AUGAGGAUGGACGUGUUUCGAUGGCUGCCCGGUGCCUGCGGAAGUCUCGGCCCGGCCCUUAUACCACCGGCCCACAUUGCCGUGCUGUGGUACUUCUGGCAGAAUUACUCCCGGUUCGUCGACAAACGGUUCUGUUCCUGCUCCUGCUGGGAUACGGUAUUCAAAGGAACGUAUGAGUCGGGCAUUGCUUCAUACAAACACAUGUAUUUCAAUGCGACCCAAAACACGAUGAAGAUGUGGCUGCUGAUCGUGGUCGGUGUGAUCGCACUGUACGAGUGCACGAAACAUUUGGUGCAAUUACUGCUACAGUGCAAGGUGCGCUACACGAUGAUCGUGCUGUUUCUGCUGUCCAUCUUCUCGCAUUACUACGCGUGGUGGGCGUAUCUCAAUUACUACAACGACGAGUACUACCACCAGUGGAACCAUCAGUUAUUCUUCACCAUCACCGAGCUCAUAUCAACCAGCGUCGUACUGCAUUUAGCUAACGUAGAAAAUCAGGUAACCGCCCGUAAAACACUUAGCAUUGUCGGCAUCGCGUUGCUACACAUCCUGGCCAGCGGUGUCGAUCAGUUCAUAUCAAAUGUGUUCCGUGGGGAAGGUUAUCCGCAUCAGGUCGUGCGAGAUCUGGGCUUUAUGAUACCGGACGUGAUGCAUCUGUUACUACCGCUGUGGUUGCUGCGUCAAACUCGUCUCGAAAGCUUCAGCACGCGCCCUUUCUACCGUGAUCGUAACCUGCGCCGAGACGUCGUGCUGAUGUUCUUCGUCGUUACAGUAUUAUUCACCAUCUGUUCAUUUCUCUAG